UGCAGGCACAGCAGGGCUCAUUGAACGGAUUUUGCCUGCUGUCCCCUUGGACAUUUUGCCUUUUCUUUUUUUCAGACGUGCUUUUUCUCCAACGUAGGCAACUUUUACACAAGGUGUAUGAGCUAUCUGCCGUCUUUGCGCUCCUCAUCCCGACGUGUCUGCUGUAUGUACUCUAGUAAUGAUGCGCUUGGAGACGCUCCCGUCAGUAUGCGCGCUUCACGCCUCUAGGCUCUUUGCGCCUUGCGGGAAACUUUCUCUUUGCAUGCUUGUGGGGAGGCACGCCAUGGGUGUCCGCCUCUGCUGGGUUCUGCUCCUCUGGCUGGCCCCCCUAGGCGCCGGGAUGGCCUUCAGCGAAAGCUCUGCUGCUGAUUCCUGUCCCGUGCUGCAAGUCGAGCAUCGGCGAUUUCUGGAGCAGCUGCGGCCUUUUCACAAAUUCACGGGGUUCGACCUGACAGAGAGAUUCCUUCUCCGUAAAGGGACAGUCACAGAAGAGCAGGCGACUUUCAGGCUAGGUGGUACGCCGCUCAUCAAGCAGACUGAACUGGUCUUUCCCAACGGGCUCCCCAGUGAAUUUUCCUUGGCUGCAACAUUCCGGCUCAGGAAAACCACCAAAAAGGACCGCUGGUACCUUUGGCAGAUAUCUGAUGCAUCCGGAGCCCCACAGAUGUCCCUGAUCGUGGACGGUGCCAAGAAGGUGUUGGAGUUCUUCGCCCGCGGUCCCCUGAAGAGCGACCUGCAGUACACCUUCCGCAGCCGCGACCUGCAGGUGCUGUUUGACCGUCAGUGGCACAGGCUCAGUGUGUCUGUCCAGGCCAGCAUCCUGUCCAUCUAUGUGGACUGCAAGCUGAUCGAGCGGCGCCUGACCGACGUCAAGGACGGUGUGGACAUCAGCGGAAAGACGCUGAUCGCCACGCGGGUCGAGAGCAGCCGGCCCGUGGAUAUCGAGCUGCAGCAGAUCUUAAUCUACUGUGACCCAAAGAGCGUGGAGAUGGAGAGCUGCUGCGAGAUCCCGGGGUCCACGUGUGCGACGGCCCCCCCGCCAGCCACCAGCCUCAUCCCCAGCCUCUUCUCCCAGCCAAUCCAGCGGUCCAGCGACAGAUGCCAGUGUCCGUCGGCGAAGGGAGAGCAGGGUUUGCCGGGUCCAGUGGGGCUUCCGGGGCACAAGGGGGAGACAGGAGACAAGGGGGAAAGAGGCGAGGACGGCUCCCCCGCUGAGCCCGGCCUGAAGGGUGACCCAGGAGCUCCGGGCGUCCCAGGACUGGAUGGAGCUCCAGGUCCAAAGGGGGAGCCCGGAGAGUGGGGGCUUAAUGGUACGGAUGGCGAUAAGGGUGAAAAGGGAGCAGCGGGGGAGCGAGGUCCCGGUGGAACGCCAGGGAGAGACGGUCUGAAAGGAGAUCCAGGUGCCCAGGGUCCCUCCGGGCCCAAAGGUGAAAAGGGAGACGUCGGCCUCCCCGGUCCAUCAGGCAACACAGGCCUUAUUGGUGCCAGCGGCCUGCAGGGGUCCACAGGGUUACCCGGGCAACCAGGCGCUCCGGGCACGGAGGGCAAGAGGGGUCGCCGUGGGAAACCAGGGGAGCCGGGGCCUCGGGGGCCACCUGGUCUCCCAGGAUCUUCCAAAGGAACGGAGAUUAAGGGAGAGAAAGGAGACCCUGGUUCCCCAGGAAAGGAUGGAGAAAUAGGACAGAGAGGGGACCCUGGUCUUCCUGGAAAAGAAGGAGCCAGUGGGCUAAAAGGAGAGAAGGGAGAAGUAGGACCCCAAGGACCUCCUGGCCCGGUGAUGACUGCACAUGGCUUGAGACACCUCCCUCUGCCCGGUGAAACUGGAGACCAGGGACAGAAAGGAGAGAAAGGGGAUCAGGGUGAAGCAGGCAUUCAAGGAUUACAGGGCCCUAAGGGGCUGAAGGGUGACAUGGGGCUGCCAGGUCCUGUGGGGGUCCCAGGCUUUGAGGGCAAAGAAGGCACAGCAGGCCCUCCUGGACCCCCAGGGAUUCCCGGUGAUCCGGGCGUGCCGGGAGAUCCCGGAGCACCAGGAGGGGAUGGACUCAAGGGAGAGAAGGGCGAGUCUGGGGGCGUGUCUGGCCCUCCUGGUCCUCCUGGCCCCAAAGGAGAACCCGGAACCGCAGGAUUAGGGAUACCAGGUGAUCUCGGGGAGGGAUCACUGGGUCCCCGAGGAUCCCGAGGCCCAAAGGGGGAACGAGGGAUUCCUGGAGUGCCAGGAGACCCCGGAGAGAAGGGCGAGCCUGGGGAAGGGCUGCCCGGACCACCGGGGCCGAUGGGACCGGUGGGCCAGCCAGGAAUCCAGGGACCUCGAGGAGCCCCCGGCUCACCAGGCCCUUCCGGACCCCCGGGCCGUGAGGGCCCCCCUGGCAGAGACGGCCGGCCCGGUCCCCCAGGUGAACCGACGGCGCUGCCCAUGGUUCGGGAUAUGAGUGCCUUGCUUAAGAACGCCUGCAGUCUGUGCCAGGAAAGGGUCGCCGGCCUGCCGGGCCAGAAGGGUGAGAAGGGGUCCCUGGGGCAGCCCGGACUUGAGGGUAUGGAGGGCCCUAAGGGAGAUCCAGGUGUGCGUGGCCCCAUGGGAAACCCAGGAAAAGAGGGCCCAAAGGGUGUGAAAGGAGAAAGAGGAUUCCCAGGUCCUGCUGGCGAAAAGGGAGAUGAGGGUACCCCCGGAGUGCCUGGAUUCCCCGGUCCCACUGGUCGCCCAGGAAGUCCGGGCAUCAUGGGAAGGCCUGGACCAAUGGGGCAGCCUGGAGCUAAGGGAGAAAGAGGUGGCGAAGGCCCCCCCGGCAAACCCGGCCUCCCAGGACCCCCCGGUGUUCCCUACGUCGAGGGCAACGGGAUGAGUAGCCUAUACAAGCUGCAGGCUGUAGGGGGCGUCGUGGGAAACCCUGGACCGCCUGGACCCCUGGGCCCCAAGGGGGAUGAAGGCAGAGCCGGGGAGCCGGGGCCCAUGGGUUUGCCAGGACUGGAAGGGCUGCCUGGUGCCAAGGGAGACCCGGGCAUCCCCGGAGCUCCAGGUGCCGCAGGUUCGCCGGGAAAGCUGGGUGCCCCUGGAACACCAGGAAUCCCAGGAGAACCGGGGGAACGAGGCCCGGUGGGAGAGACUGGAUUUCCCGGCCCCGAGGGACCGCACGGCGUUCCCGGAAGACCCGGAAAGGACGGGAUUCCUGGGUACGAGGGAGCGACUGGGAGACCCGGCGACCGAGGCUCCAAGGGAGAACGCGUGCAGCAGCUCAGUCAGACAUAA